CAUGCAUUUCAGCAUAGCAUAAUGUCUGGGCAUUCAGUUCAGAGUAGGAUUUCGUUCGACACAGGACACGGCGAGCUCUCGAAGAAUGAAUAUUGUAUUGGGUAAUUGUGUGGGCAGCUGCGACCAAUUGGCGGGUCCACCGCCGGAUUUUAUUUUAUCAAUGCCGCCGCCACCGUUGCCGUCGUUCCUGAUCAGCAAACCGACAACCAUUGAGACACUGAUGCCGUCCAAUGAGUCCCAGCCAUGCUUUGCCGCGUUCAUGUGCGGCCAGGGCCAGGGCCAGCAUAAUGACAGCAAUGGCAAUGCCUUGAUGGAGCUGGUGCGCAGCGAUACAAAAAGUCUGGAGAAUAUCUGGUUCUUUGUGUCCUCCUGUGUGGGCAUAUUCGUGCUGGGCUGCUUCCUGGCCAUCAUUGUGAUCAGAUGCAGGGACACAUUCUUCUCCUAUCAUGAUGCAAACAUCAAGCAAACGGCCAUCAAUGCUUUGGGUGAGGCAACCAAAUCGAAUGCCUUCUCCUCGGGCGGCAUACUGUAUCCUUGUGCCACGGCCAACAGCAGGGAUCUGCUGCAGAGCCAGCUGGUGAAUGAUAGUCGCCUCCUGUGGGCCACUCUAACACCGCAUGGCACUAGGCAUUUCAUUAUUGAGAACUCCCAGGAUGGGGGCCACUAUGAGUCCGUGGACUAUCGUGGCAAGGCACACAGUCAGGUGUUCCGGGGAUAUGCCAAGCAUUCACAAUCGUUUGUCAAGUCGUUUGAUAAUAAUGGUUUCGUUGAUUAUGACUAUGAGGAUCCCACACCUUUGAUGGAUUCCUAUCACGAUGACAUGGACUCUGGCUAUCAGGAGCCCCAUGAGGUGACUGGUUCACUGCCGCAGUCCUCGCCCAUGCAUGCCACAACAACAACAGCGAAUGAGACGACACCGACAAAUGUGAACACUCUAUCGAUUAGCCGCAAGACCACACUGUCGCGGCGCAUCAGCGAUGCCUCAUCGCACAACGGUACAACGAUGUAAUGUCUGCUGGAUGCCGCACGAGUUUCGUUAUGUAAAUUACACCGAAAAAGAGUGAGGAGGGUGCAGGUCCAUCCACAACUACUAACUACUAUCACACACGAUCAUCGCAGUAUUUUCGACACAGCUAACAGAGACACUCACACAGAUACUAAUGAUAUUUUAGUCUACUCUUAAGUAUACGGGGGAAUGCAGAGCACAGGACACACACACACACACACACACACACACACACACAGAACUCAGAUCGAAGGAACAUUAAAGCAAUACUAAUGUUUAUUAAGUAUAGUAUAUUGGCGCUAAUAGCAGAGGGUCCCAAACCAAAGCAAAAUACAAAAACUAUAAAAUCAAACUAAUAUACAUACGCAUUGCUCCAUUGCUCUCGCUCUUAAUUGCUUUUUAAACUCGUACGUGCAUCAGAAAAUCAAACGCAAAACAAAACAAAAAACUCAACUAUACAUACAUAAAUCUAGCUGCAAAACUAAAUACCAAACUAAACUAUAAUAACUACUAAAACUACUACAAACUAAUCAAUUAGUUUUCGGGCAACAACUACCAUUGUAACUCAUUUACAUGCAUACCUAUUGAACCGAUUUCUCGAAAAAAAAAA